AUGGGGCUGUCAAUCUCAUACCCACCAGAUGACUACCUGCCUGAGGAUGACGAUGAUGGUAUGGACAGGCUCUUUGUGCGGUCUCUAAGCUUUGAUAAUCUCAGCACACUUGAGACCCUUGAAUCGCCACCAGCAUUGCUUGACGCACUGACUUCGAAGAGACUCGUCGUAAGAGGCUCUUUAAGCUUUGAAAAAAGGGAGGGCGAUCCAUUUCAAGUUGAAACUACACUAUCAAUGGUUAGUCCUAAACCUGCAAAGAAGAGUUACAACUACAAGCCCAUCAUCCUGCCAAGAUAUAGGUCCACGGAGAACCUACCACCAAAUUCUCCGUUGAGCCCAUCAGAAGGUGAGGAGGACGAGUGGUUCAGGCAAAGGGGCAGCCUUUCCGAGCUUAAGCACACGGAGAGCAGCAAUCCCGCAAGUCAAGAAGACUCCUCCAAAAUUUUCAAAAAAGAAGACUCCUCCAAGUCCCACCCCGCUGGCGCUGCUGACCAAGACAAGGCCACUGCAAAGACCACACCAGCCACGCCGCCAUCCACGAGCCAUGAUAAAACAACAACCAGCGCAGCGACAUCAUCAGGCACGCCGGCCAUGAAGAGGUCCUCGUCGGGCAGCCGGCUGCAGCGCAAGCGGCCUCCACGGUUGGCAGUGAGCAAGAGCCGGCUGGGCAAGGGCGGCUGGGAGCAGGGCGCGGGCACGUUCGGGGACUGCCUGGACUUCUGCAAGGAGAACCUGUUCUGGGGCGGCGAGAGCGGCGACGACGAGGAGGAUAUUUUCGGCCACAUACAGGACUCUGAGAAAACGGGUGGGAUGAAGCCUCCUGUUUCCGUCCCGGUCCAGUAA